AUGUCGUUCGUGCCAUCCUUGAGCGACCGAGUAUAUCUGGCCAGAUGGAUCUUCGAUCUUCGUCGAGACACGGGAGAGCCAAUGCCGAGCUACAUCAGCAGAGACGAUGAGGCCUACCACGACGUUGUCAAGGGUUUCGACACCGAGUAUUUCAAGAAGCAGCGCACGGCUCGGCUGUCGGCAAGGUCAAAAGAAUGGAAUGCCCUCUACUCGGAGCUCAACUGGUUCCUGUACAAGAUCGAGCAGGAGGGCCCGGAGGAUGCCGCCGACAAGGCCAAGGAGUUGAACCACCAGCUCUGGAGCUUCAUCCUGACAGGUCUGGAGGAGAUCCCUGAGCAUCCGGAUUUCGGAACAGACUUCAAACAGGCGAUUCCCCUUGACCAGCUGCGCGGAUGGCUACUGCUGCAGAGAUCAAGACUUUCCCCGACGGAGCGUGCGGCAGUCAUCAGCGCAGUCAAAGGCAACUUCGACUACGAUAGCAUCGGCGAGCAGCUAAGAGUAUCUUGGCCAGAUGACGAGCUGACGAACAGAGAUAAGAAGCACGGCAAGGACAACCAUCGCCAUCGCGACGCCCAGGAGAUCGAGGAGGCCGAGACCGCGUUCGCCGCCCAGCAGCGCAGUUUCGAAGAAGCUCGGGAUCUACUCCGACGAGUGAAGACCGCCAGGAAGUUCUACCCCGACAGCGCAAGUUCCAGGGACCGCGAGCUGGAUCCCGAGGCUCUGGAUCAUCGAAAGGACGAGGCCGAGGGAGCGGACAACGACGUGAUGCACCACCCCGACGGACCCUGUCUGAAGUGUGGCGGCAAUCACGAGACGAAGGAUCAUAAAGACCGCGCUUCCUCCACCAGCAGCAAAGAUCGUGAACGGCCCAAGCGAGGUUUCGGAGCCUACGUGUUCUUCGGCGCCGAGCAGGACGCCGAGAUGGAGGCGAAUCUCAUCAGGAACGAGACCUCGCGCCUGGAGCUGGAGACGACGCUCAACAAUAGGCCAGUGAUCAAGAAUCGACCGAAGCUUCCGAAGAAACAGCUCGAGAAGACGAAGUACCUAGAGGUGGAGAAAUCCAUCGAGAGGCAGGAGCAAGUCCAUCAUGUGAAGCUACCGAGCUGGCCAACCCUGGAGAAGCUAGACGACUGGAUCCUCAUGAGUGUGAAGCAGAGCUCCUCCAAGGGCUUCGGUAUUCUGGACAUCGGCGCGACCUCCAGCAUCAUGGGCAUCGAGGCUGCCGAGAACCUACGCGAUAUCAUCUAUGAGCAGACGGGCAAGAACAUCAAGAUGGACGUUAGCCAGAAGAGUACCUUUAUCUUUGGAGACGGCAACGCCAAGACCUGCACCGGCAAGGCAACCUUUCCUCUGAUGAUCGCCGGUGUGGACGGCGAGCUCGAGAUAAACAUCCUCGACGCAGAUGCCCCGCUCUUGAUCGGAGUGGAUGUUUUGAGCCGCCUAGGAGCUGUGAUCGACUGCGAGGCACAUUCUGUCUACUUCAAGAAGCUCGGGCGCCGAGCUGAACUGCUCGUCCUUCCGAGCGGCCUCAUGUACAUCAUCAUCAUUUACGAGUACGGGGGCACCAUCUCCAAUUACGCCUACAGCAACAUCAUCAUCAUUUACAAGUACGGGGACAUCAUUGAUUACGUCGGGGACAUCAUCACUUACGUCCGGGACAUCAUCCGUAUCAGCCCCGGCUCCAUCACCUACAGCAUUAUCGGAGUUAUCUCCAGAGCCCUGAGAUCCGACAACAUCCAGUUGGCCCUACAUAUUCGCAUGAGUCUCAACCGCGAGGCGACAUGUCGCAAAGCAGAGAGCCAGCAGAUCAAGCUGGAGAACGAGGAGAUGGACGGCCCUUGGGAGCAGGUGGAUGUUCGGGCCUCGCUACGGGACUCGGGAUCAUCGGCGGCGACCUCCACGUCGACGCCGGCACGGCCUACACUACAACGGAUGCAGCCGCAGGGGCGACUGAUCGCUCAUCAGGACGCGAGGGGCCACAUCUUCUACACGAUCGAGGGCUCGGAGCAGGACAACAGCACGAAGCGGAUGACGGACACCUUCCUGCAGGAGCACCUACCGAAUUGGGAGAUGUGGUCCAGCAAGCUCCUCCAGCAGUGGACGCAGUGCCGUCGCUGGGGACGAAUCAUCCAGAAGGUCUUCAUCAAGACGAUCGAUCGUGUGACGUGGAAGCUGGACAGCCUCGGACUACCUGUGCAGUUGCUACCCGAGAGGUACCCGACCUGGCCGGCGGACAUCGAGCAUCGUGCGAAGAUCGAGCCGCGCCAGCCGUGCACGGAGCCGAAGCAGCGCCCCCUGUCCCAGAAGUCCGCAACCUCAGCAGCCGCGCGCGAGCAGAAUCAAGAGCUGCGAGCCACCAUCGAGACCGCAAAGUUAGAUUUCUUGACCAAGUUUGCGGAGGUGGAUGCGUUUGCAGCGCUGAGCUCGGAGCAGAUCCACGAGCAGCUCAGCAUGGUCACGUUGGUCAACCACCUCAAGCCGCUGUGCAAGAUGUGGGGACUGACCCAGACUGGCAAGAAGGAGGAGGUGAUCGACAAGAUCAUCGCGUACAUCAUCGAGCAGCGCGGCACGGCGGCAGCGACCAUCCAGAUCAAGAAGGAGAUGGAGACCAAGAAGAUGGAGACGACGGCAAUGCCCGUGGGCCCGGCGAUCUCAGCUCACUAUACUCAGAUGUGCCAGCACCCGGACUGCAAGCUACGCCGAUGCAUCGCCAAGAACGAGCCGAUCGUGAAGAUGAGGCUCUACGGUUGGCGCCACCAGGCGUGUGCGGUCAGGUCGGCCAUUUUCGGAGCCAUGUGCGCCCUCGCAACCUUCGGCCGCCUGACGAUGGUCGAAGCGUGCACCCACGAGGACUCGAAUCUCGGGAAGGUGUGCGAUGAGAAGGGCUACCACUACGAGCGGCUCGGACUCUUCAACGAGAACGACCUCAGCAAGCCGCAGGGCUACCACAAGGCGAAGUUCCUGCUAGACGAGAAGCGCCCGGAGCUCUUCGUCAGUACACCACCCUGCGGUCCAUGGUCGAUAAUGCAGAACGUCAACCAGCGCAACGAUCAACAGAAGGAGAACCUUCGCAGGAAGCGGCUCAAGAGCCAGCGGAUCUUCGAGAACAACAAGAGGCUCAUCGAGCACCAGGUGCUCAAUCUGAACGGCUCGGCCCUCGCCGAGCAGCCCCACAACAGUCGUUCGUGGCAGAAGACCUGCUGGAAGGAUCUCCACAAGAUCCUACCGUACGAGGUGAUCGUGGAUGGCUGCGCCUGCGGACUACGAGCCCCUGACACGGGCGAGCUCAUGAAGACGCGCUGGAAGUUCUUGACGAAUGACAGGAGGAUCUGGGUAGCCCUACAACCUCUACAGUGCCGUGGAGGACACUACCACGAGGAGAUAGAGAGCAGCUUGAGGACCGAGGCCUCGGGCUCCUACCCCAAGAUGCUGUGCCGCCGGAUCCUCAGGGCUCUGACCAAGAGCCAGAACCAGAACUACUUCGAGGACGAGGUUGUGAACUGCCUCUGCAUGGCAGCUACCCAGCAGCCCCCGACAGAGCCUACGCCAGAGGAGGACGAGCCGACUCUUCCACCACGAGACGGCAAGAAAGCGCACAACCUCACCAACGAGACGGUCAAGAAGCUCGAGAGCUACAUCAGAUUGGUGCUUUUUGACGCUUUCUCGUGGAUCCGCCGCAGCACGAACACGAACGUGAUGGCGCUGGCGAUACUCGACGCCGGCUCGGACAUCCUCUACGUGCGGCUGAUCGACGAGAAGCCGAUCCCGGGUACUACCCGGCAAGUUCGUGCAGGCGACCUUCGGCAUAUCUUUGCUACAAAAUGGUUCCCCUGGAUGGGACGCCCGAAGGUCAUGCGCUACGACCCUGCCGGCAGCGCCAUCUCCGACGAGUUCCGCGAGUGGAUCGAGAGCCAGGGAGUCUACUGUCUCCCAUGCGCGGCCGAUGCCCACCGGCAGAUCGGCAAGAUCGAGCGUGCCAUUGAAGCCUUCAAGGAGGCCCUCGACGCUUUCGACGAGAUGGUCUCAGCCGAAGUACCCACCAGCGAGAUGUUCGGACUCCAGACGGCGGCCAGGAACGACCUGAUCAGGAUCGACGGGUUCAGCCCGCUGCAGCGCUAUGCGGGACGGGCGCCGACUGGGACGACAGUCAAUCUGUCGGACGAGCCGAACAACCUGCCGCUCAUCAGUGCCGAGCUGCAGGACGGUACCUUCAGCAGGGACGCCCAGGUACGACGAAUGGCGCGGCUGGCUCACAUCCAGACCGAGAACUCCGACCGAGUCAAGCGAGCGGAGGCCGCGCGCUUCAGGUCCUUCAAGAAGUACGAGACGGGCGAUCUGGACGCUGGUACGGACCUGGACGAGUACUUUGUCACGAGCCAGCGAGCUCGGGACACCGACCUGGUCUACCUGGGACGGUGGUUAAUAUCACACUGGCUGGCCGCCUCUACCGAGUUGCUCCAGAACAACUUCCCGGGGACCUGGACCUUCGGCGAUGUCCAGAAGCAGCUCGACACCAAUGAAGUGAUCGACUUAUCGAACGAGCCCCCGCCCACUGGCGAGGACUGGAAGAGCGACCUCUACCUGGACCGCGACCUCCCAGAAGGCGGCCACGAAGCUGGACUACCCGAGGCAGCUGAGCAGCCCAUCGAGGAGGAGAUCGUCAUGGAAGCCCCUCCCGGCGACGACCAGGAGGAGCGCGCGUCGCAGCGGCCCAUCGUGGCGGAGACUGACGAUGACCUCGACGAUAUCUCAGCGCCCGACGUGAACGAUAAGCGCCGGAUCCGAGAGCCCGGCACAACCGAGCCCCCGGCUAAGAAGCAGCGGGUCAACGCUGCGACCCAGGUGGCCUUUUCCUACUACCUGCAGGAGGGCAACUUCUACAGCGACUAUGCCUACAGUGUCCAGCAGUACGACGAUAUGACGGAGAACGACGAACUUAUCGUGCUGGAUAUCCCUGUCAGCAACGAGCAUGCAUUCAUGGCCUACAUGGACGAUCCCAGCAACUUCGUGGCAUCGCAGGCCCGCAAGGGCCGAGUGGAGGUCUCAUUUAAGAAGGCGACGCCUGAGGAGAAGAAGCUGCUACUCGAGGCCCAGCAGAAGGAGUGCACCUCAGUCCUCAGCACGAAGGCCGUCAGGAUCCUCAGCCGACAGGGGAUCGACCCGGCGCGCCUGCUGCACUGUCGCUUCGUGCUGACCUGGAAGAAGGACACGCUCAAGACGCUGCAGCUGGAAGUGAUACAGUGCGAGCCGUGCGUCUGGGUCGUUCGAGACGGCACGAAGCUGGUUGGCAUGGUUAUCCUACACGUCGAUGACAUGAUGAUCGCCGGCGACCAUCACAACUCGGCAUUCCUCAAGAAACGACAGCAGAUACAACAGGCCUUCGAGUGGACACCUUGGGAGAGCCGAGCGUUUGUGCAGUGCGGCAUCAGUAUUCGACAGAAUGAGGACUACACCUGCAGUCUCGCACAGGACAGCUACAGCCUGAACGUGGAGCCCAUCAAGAUACGACGUGGACGCAAGCCCACGGAAGGAGUUUCAGACAAAGAGAGAUCAGAUCUACGAGGCCGACUUGGUACAGUCGGAUGGCGAGCUCAGCAGUCGGCCCCGUGGCUCAGUGCAGAAGUCUCUCUACUCCAAGCGGAGAUACCUACGGCGACGGUCUCUACCAUCCAGAAGAUCAACAAGCUGAUCCGCACCAUGAAUGACACUGCUGACGUAGUCAUGCUCAUCCCGGCCAUCGAGCAGAUAGCUGUGGUUGGCUGGGGCGAUGCUGCCUGGGCCGCUCGUAUUACUGGCGAGUCCCAGGGUGGCGAGAUGAUCGUGCUGGUACCACUGUCUUUCCUGAGUGGCUCGACAGAGACGUUAGAGUGCGGCCAAGUGGACUACACCAACAAGCAACACGUGAACGACGCCAUCUCAUCCUGCCCUGGCGUACUGGUCACAGACGGUAAGUCGGGCUACGACGCGAUCGAGAAGAGCGAGUCAGCUGGUCUUGGCCUACGUGACAAGCGGACGAGCAUCGAGUGUCUAGGCAUUCGACAGCAGAAGGAGCAGACGGCCCUCCAGAUACGCUGGGUACACAGCGAUGCCAUGCUAGCCGACGGCCUCACCAAGGAUCGAGCCGCCAAGGUCUUGCUGGAGUUCUUUCGGUCAGGUCAGCGCUGGAGACUCGUGGACGACCCACUGCACCGCAGUGCCAGGAAGCGCAAGACCGAGGGCAUGGACAGGCUGGACCACGGCAAGCCGUUAUCUGCAGACGACGAUGAAGCUAUGCUGGAGGCCCUGAUCUACUUCGCUCGCGACAAUCCCUACGAGCAGGAGACCCCUGCCGGAGAUAUAGCUCUUUGGGGCACUAUGAAGCCUCUCACGCGCUCUGUGCUUUCUGUGAAUUCAGUGGCCAGAGGCAG